GCACCACCCGUAAUCCAUACGUUCCGAGUACUCGACGCCCGACGGACGCCGACGCCGUUCUCCUCCGUGUCCGCCAGUUAAUGCUCAUUUCGCUUCGCGCAAUCCCGUCCGAGACACGCAUCUUGACCGCCAAUAGUAUUAUUAUUUUUACUAUUUUCGAGUUUGCGUUUAUUCAUAAUUGUCUCCAACUGCGACGUACACCCUGCAACCCGGUACACUUUCAUAUUAACUGCAACACCCCAGGCGUCGUCGUUUAUAUUCAAAAACCUAUCCGAAAAUGUCCGCCGAAAAAGUAUUGCUAACCGAAGAUCCGGCGUACCAGGCGCUCGCCCAACACUAUAAAUGCGCCGGUUCGUCGUUAAACAUGAAGAAACUGUUCGCCGAAGACAAUAGCCGUUUCAACAAGUUCAGGUAAGAAACAACACUUGACCUUGGCAGCGUUUUUUUGGCAUUCUACGUUGACCUUUGUCAAUUAAGAAUCCAGUUUCACUUAAUACGAUUGACACGCGCAAAACACAGGCGUCGGCAUUUUCGACUGGUAUCAGUAGUGUGUAACAUUGUAUAUUUAUACGUUUUAGUGUCGCUCUCUUCGACUCGUAGACUUAAUCUAUAGCACACUUUUACAGAUAAUUUAUGGGAUAUCCAGUAAUUAAUACUACAGUUUUAAAUAGUUUGAAAGAUAUUCCCUAGUUAUUAUCACUUAAUUUAAUUCCCAGAAUACCCACAUUAAAACUGUUAACUGAUAAAACUGGCCGAUAAUUGUUCAUAAUAUGUUUUUAAAAAUGAACAAAUUGUACACAGCAUUAAAUUGUUAACAGUUUCGGGGAAAAUACUAUAUUUUCCUUUUAUUAUUAUUAUUUUUUUUUAUUGUUCCUAUGUCAAAUUAUCAAUAUCUGAUGAAUAAUACUCAAAUAAAACUGAUUAAAUACUGUUACAUUAUUUGCCUAUAUAAAUUAACUUUCACAAUGGGCAAAUUCGACUAGUAUUAUGUGUGGUUUACCGUAAAAGUUAAUUAUCCAUAUCAAGGAUAACACAAUGAAAGGAUAAUUUUGUACGUACACUUUUACCAAGGUUUUUUUAAUACAAUAAUUAUUUCACCAAGAUCCUAUAUAACCUUGGUCCGUCAUUGAUUUAAUUUCCUACUUCAAACAGUUUUGUUAAUCAUAACAUACAAAAAUUGUAAAAGUAAAAUUAUAAAUAAAAAAAAUUAAUUAGGUAAAAGUUGAGACCUUUAUAAAUUUAUAUUUAUUUAACAAAAUCAAAAUUUUAGUUGGAAAACCAUUGUGACUUUAUAAUAUUUUGAUUUAAGUUAAUAAUAUUUACUUCUAGGUAGGUAUGUAUUUCUAAUUUCUUAGGUAAUAAUUAUGUAGUUUUGGUCACCAAAUAAAUUAUGUGUUGUUAAAAAUUUUAAAUUUAUUAGUUCACUAUUUUUGAUUUGUAUAUAAUUCAGUUUACAGAUAACUACACCUAAUGAUGGCGAUGUAUUACUUGAUUACUCAAAAAACCGUGUGGAUGAAAAAACAUUAAACCUAUUAUUUAAUUUGGUAAUAAAUAGUUAAUACCUAGGUACAUAAUAUCAUUUUCAUAAAACAAAUUAGAAAGUUUUUGUUUUAUUAUUUCAUAUUUUACUGACCUUAUUGAAAAAAAUUGAAAAAUGUCCUUGAUGUUAUUUACUUAGUUUAUUUUUAGAUCAAUUCAAUAAACAUCAGAAAUGCAUUACCUAUUUAUAAUAAUUGUAUAAAUUGAAUUGAUUUAGGCUAAAUCACGAAAAGUUGAAGAAGCCAGAACUGCUAUGUUUUCUGGUGAACGUAUUAAUAUAACUGAAAAACGACCGGUGUUACACAUUGCCUUACGCAAUCGUUCCAAUACGCCAAUUGUAGUUGAUGGUCAAGAUAUAAUGCCAGAAGUUAACAGCGUUUUAAAGCACAUGAAAGAAUUCUCUGAAGAAGUAAUAUACCUCAUGUUAAAUAACAUUUUGCUAAUCAUAUUUCAAUUGAAUUCAAUUAUAAUUAAGGUAAUAUCAAAGAAAUGGGUAGGAUACACCGGAAAAACUAUUGAAGAUGUUGUCAAUAUUGGUAUUGGAGGAUCAGAUUUAGUGAGUACUCAAAACCUCAAUUUAAAAUAUGAACUUGGUAUUUAUCAUUCUAUUUAUAAAAUACCUACUUCUAUUUUUUCAUUUAUAUAUCUACAGCGUAUUUCAUGAUGAUAUGACAAUUGAAAUAACUUAUUCUAUUAAAUAUUUUAAAUUUGUUUGUAAUGUCUCUAUUUUAUGUUUUUACUAAAUCUCAGAUAGCCAUUUUAUAAAUAUAAUUUAAAACAAAAUGUUUGUGUUACAAUUAUUUGCUAAUGAUGAAUCAUUAAGUUUUAAUAAAUAAAUGAAGUUUACAAAAAUCAUUAGCAAAAUUAUUUGUCAUCGAAAAAUUAGUGAGAAUUGAUUGAUAUUAUUUUAGUAAUUGCAAUGAAAACAAUUUAAAUUAAUAGUUUAUAAUAAAUAAAUAAUGAUAUUAAUACAUGUAUACAUUUAUAAAAUGAUAUUAUUCUGUUAACUUCAACAAGUUUUAGAAAAUUAACAGUUAACCAUUAGUAAAUAUUGGUUUGCCAACAUUUUGUUUCAAAAUAGAUUUUAUAUAAAAUCUUGAAUUAUACAAAACUAAUUUUUUUUAAAUUUUAGUUUGUCAUUUCUAAAUUAAAAGAAAAAUUAACAAGAGACUAAUAAUUAUUACAAGAAAAAAAAUCUUAGAAAUAUUAGACAAAACAAAGGUUAUUGUAUUUGUCAAGUAUCUGUGAAACACCCUGUAUAUAUAUAGAAAAUACUAAACUAAAUUUAAUUUGUUUAUCUAAUAAAUAAAGCAUUGGUGUUUGAGUAAAUUAUAUUAUUUGUAUUUUAAAUGUUUAUUUUUGCCAUUAUAGUUAUAGAUAAUUAGUGCAGCUUUUCUAUUUCACAUUUAAUGAUGUGUGAGUAUUAAUUUUCUUAAAAACUAAUUAAUGUGCUUUAUUAUCUUAUUAUUCUCAUCUCGUGGUAAUUUGGUAUUAGUUGUAAUUUACAGUUGGAUGUAUAAUUUUUGAACUUUGAAAUUGUUGACAUAUUAUUUUACAAUAUGAAUAAAUUAACAUUUUUUUCAUUUUUAAACUGGUAUAAUGUAGCGUAACAUAUUUAUUGUUUGUCGUAAAAAUAUAAUAUUCUUCUAACCUUCAUCAGCUCACAUCGUCUAAAGUUUCAUUUCUACUUAUAAACAGCAAUUUGAUUGACUAUGGAAUUUUAUAAUUUUCAUGAGGUUUUCUUUAUUUAAUUGUCAUGUUUUGAAAUAAUUAGGACUAAUAAACCAACACAACAAUAUCUAACUGAAAUUUAUACUACCAUUUCUUUUCAGGGUCCAUUAAUGGUAACAGAAGCUUUAAAACCAUAUGCUGUUGGUCCCCGUGUUCAUUUUGUAUCAAACAUUGAUGGAACACAUUUAAAUGAAGUAUUAAAGAAGGUUAAUGCGGAAACUGUGUUGUUUAUAAUUGCUAGCAAAACAUUUACUACUCAAGAAACAAUAACAAAUGCAACAUCUGCUAAAAGAUGGUUUUUGAAAACUGCUAAAGAUGUAAAGUUAUUUAAUUUACAAUCUCAAUAUGCAUAAGAUAAUUAUAAAUUUUGCAUUAUAGGAAACCAGUGUAUCCAAGCAUUUUGUUGCGCUCUCUACCAACAAAGAAAAAGUUACUGAAUUUGGAAUUGAUGAGCGCAAUAUGUUUGGCUUUUGGGAUUGGGUUGGAGGCCGUUACUCACUAUGGUCAGCUAUUGGUCUUUCAAUAUGUUUAUCAAUUGGUUUUGAGAAUUUUGAAUCACUUUUGAGUGGUGCACAUUUCAUGGAUCAACAUUUUGUUAAUACACCAUUAGAAAAAAAUGUAAGCAUCUUUUAUUAUUUGGUAAAUUUAUCUAAUUAAUUUUACUUAACAUCAAUAUUUUCUAGGCACCUGUUAUUUUGGCUUUACUAGGAAUUUGGUACCAUAACUUCCAUGGUGCUGAAACACAUGCACUUCUACCUUAUGAUCAGUAUUUACAUAGAUUUGCUGCAUACUUUCAACAAGGUGAUAUGGAAUCUAAUGGAAAAUCAGUUACCAUAAAUGGUACUAAGAUUUCAUCUUUUAGUACCGGACCAAUAGUCUGGGGUGAACCUGGUACUAAUGGUCAACAUGCGUUUUACCAACUAAUUCAUCAAGGUACUCGUCUUAUACCUGCUGACUUUAUCGCUCCUGCUAUUACCCACAAUUGUAUAAGUGAAGGAAUUCAUCACAAGGUAUUAUUAAUUUUAGUUCAAUUUGUUUUAUCAAUUAAUAAAAAUUUAUAUUUUAUAGAUUUUAAUGGCAAAUUUUUUGGCUCAAACUGAAGCACUUAUGAAAGGUAAAACUACAGAAGAAGCUCGUAAAGAACUAGAGGGAUCUAAUUUAGAAUCCGCAGAACUUGAAAAGCUUGCCUCACACAAAACAUUUUCUGGAAAUCGUCCAACAAACUCAAUAGUAUUCAAACAAAUUAGUCCAUUUACAUUGGGAUUAUUGAUUGGUAAAUAGAACUUUUUUUUUGUAUAAUAAUUUUGUUUAUUUUAUACAUAUUUUUAUUUUUUUUUUAUAUUUAGCUUUAUAUGAACAAAAAAUAUUUGUCCAAGGUAUUAUUUGGGAUAUUAAUUCAUUUGAUCAAUGGGGGUAAGUUAUUUAUAAUAGUUAUUUAUUAUUCAAAUCAGUUAUUUAAUAAUUGACAAUGUCCAAUUUACAAAAAUAUUUUUAUCGUUUAUUAGUGUUACAGUAACACACCUAAAUAAUAUUAAUUGAAUAAUUCAAAUAUUAAUAUUUAACAAAAUUACAAAAACAUUCUAUUAUUUUGAAAAUAAUUUUGUUUUUUAGUGUGGAACUGGGAAAACAGUUAGCCAAAAAAAUUGAACCUGAACUUCAAACAUCUGAUGUUAUAACAAGCCAUGACUCAUCUACCAAUGGCCUUAUUAACUUCAUUAAAUCCAAUUGGUCAUAAACUAUGAGAGCUAAUUAUCCAGUCCAACUUUGUUAUUAUUUACUACCUAAAUCUUUGUUAAGAAUACAGUAGAUUCGUACGAAAAAAAAUAUAUAUUUGUAUCAUUUGUUGUUUUAAUGUUUAAUUAAUGUGCAAUAAAUUACUAGUUAUCAUGUCUAUGAUUAUUUUACUUUAUUGAUAGUUUAUAUAAUAUGUAGCUAUUUUAACGAGAGGUUGUGAUGCAAAAACUGUCCAUAGCGUCCUUUAAAAUAUCAAGAGUUUAUCAUUGAAAUUAAAUGUACUUACUAUAAUAAUUUUAAUAAUUAAAAUUAUUAAUUUGUACAUGAUAAAUGGUGAUGCUUUUAAUAAUGAUACUAUGAAUCUUAAGAUUAAAUAUAAUUAAGAAUACCUAAUGAUAUCUAUAGUUUGCCUAUUUUUUUCUUAUCAUUUAUUUGAUUUUCUUUUCUUUUUCAUAUAAUUAUUUUUCUUAGAACAAAAUAUUAAAAUAAGAUACAUAAAAAACAAUUCUUAAUGAUCAUAAGAAAUGCACAAUUAUAUAGUUUAUAGUUUGCUAUUUUGUAAAAUUCUAUGUAAGUGUAUAUGUAUAGUAUAUAAACAUUGACUUUAGAAACAAAUCAAUUUUUUUUUUUCCAUCUAAUUGUGAAAUAUGAAAAUAAUUAUAGUUAAUAUCCUAUAAAUUUGUGUAAAUAUUAUAAAAUAUAAUUAUAUUACUUGCAUAUUAUAUAUAAUAUUAAAUUAAUUGUGUAAAUGUUGUCUAAUGCAACAUAAUUCUAAAUUCCAUUCUUAGUAAUUAAAUUAUAAUUACUCUAAUAAAAAAACUGACGUACUUAGCACAAUGAAUGGGCCAUUGAUGCAGAUAAAGAAAUUGGGAAAAUAGGAUAUAGAAGGAAAUUUAAUUCAUAUCUACGCAUCAAUAAACUUAUGCAGUUUCUUUUAUAAAUGUAUGUAAAUUUUCCCAAUUAUUAUGAAAUCCACUAAGAAAAUCAAAAAAAUGACCUCACAAAAGUACCAUACAGAUAAAAUUUAAUUUCAGAAAAGAUUACUACACUUAAAAAUCUGAGUAAAAUCUGGUAGAUUUUCACAGAUAAAAAAAAAUAAACAUCAAUUUAAAACCAAUACAUUCCUUGCUACACUCCAAAUUUAAAAAUAUAUUGUAAAUUAUAACAUUGUGCUAUUGAUAAGUAUAACAAAACCAUAGAGCCGAAGCAUAAAUUUAAACUGAAUAAUAUAAACCACACUAAUAUACUAAUAUAUAUUUGUUUAAACUAAACAUUAAAAAAAUUAUCUAAAAUGCAUAAUUUGUAAAUGUCUUAAAUAAAAUAUUAUAUAAUCAAAUAUUCAGAAAACGAAUUUUUCAGGAGAGAUUUUUUGUCCACUUUACCUAAAGCAUUUCUGGGUACUUCUUCAACAAUUUUCAUUACUGUUGGUACACUAUAUGGUGGUAAUACAGUUUCAGCCCAAGAUUUCAAUUCCUUUUUAAAUUUUUUAUGUUCAACAUCAUUUAAAUUUUGUUCAUCCAUAACAAUAAGUGCACCUAUUCUUUGUCCCCAUGUACUGUCUGGUAAUCCAACAACAGCAAUAUCCUUAACAGCUUUGUUUUGUAACAUAACUGUCUCAACAUAUAAAGCACUAACUUUAUAACCUCCAGUUUUAAUUAUGUCUACUGAUUUGCGACCCAAUAUUUUAAAACUAUUGUCUACAUAUUCUGCUAUGUCACCUAUAAAAAAAAAAAAACUAAUAAUUAACAAAUGUAAAACAAUUAUAAUACAUAUAGUUACCAGUUUUAAACCAUCCAUUAUCGUUAAAUUCUUUUUUUGUAGAUUCAGGUUUACGCCAAUAUUCCUUAAAUACAUUAUCCCCUUUUAUUUGUAAAUUGCCAAUAUAACUGUUAUCUUCACCCUGCUUUUUUAUGUUGACUGUUUUAAUAUUUGUAUUGUUCCCUUCCACCAAAAUAAUGUCAUCUUUGACAAUCUGGACAUUAACACCAGGUAGUGGUUGGCCAACAAAACCUAAGAUAAUGAAUUAUUAAGUUAUAAUGAUAUUGUUUUUAGAAAAUAUAAUAUUAACCGGGUUUUCUCUCGCCGUUUAGUGGAUUAGAAAGAGCCAUUCCAAUUUCACUCAUACCAUAUCUUUCUAAUAACUUAUGACCUGUAAUUUGUUCCCACUGGUUAAAAAGUGUACUGGGUAAAGGUGCUGACCCACUAAUCAUUAGUCUAAAGCAAAACAUUUAUUUUUUCUAAUUUUAAUACUAAAAUAAAAUAUAACCGAGUUCAAUAUAAACAAACUUGCCUAAUUUUCUGAGAGCAGACAGCUUUCACAUACUCUACCAUUCUGUCAUUUUUCUCAAAUGUUUUCUUAUAAUUCUCUAUAAGUUUUACGUACAUAGUAGGCACACCCAUAAAUAUAUUAACCCUGUAUCCAUAGUUUUGUUCUAUAGCUAAAAGCCAUGUCCAUACAUCAGUAGCAUUAAACUUUGGUAACAUAACACAUCU